AUGGAACAGCCAGCUCUUAGUAUCAACAAGGCCGAAUUCGCUCCAAUGGCUGUGCAAUCCAAGUCCGAUGCAGGGGUACAAAUAGAAAAGGUUAUAGAUUCAGAGCCUCGAGCGGAUAAGACGGGAAAACAGGCCGAAUAUGGCCAAGCGAACAAGCCCAAGCAGAGAAAGUCCUUUGCUUUCAAACUCGCUUUUGAAGGCCUCGCCACCACACUCUUCGUGUUCCAACACACUCCCAAUGAUCUGCAAGUACCGACACUAACUGAGUUGUAUUCUAUAGCCAAUGACCUACAAGGCUCGAGUUUGGAAUCGUUCUGGGCCAGUUUGUCCUAUACGCUCUGCGGUCUGGCGAUGCAACCGGUUUGGGCGAGCAUAUCCGACACCUUUGGUCGAAAACCACCUCUUUACGUGUGCAUAGCCCUAUUAUUCCUUGGGUCGAUCACUUUCGCUGUCGCGCAGAACAUGAAGACCAUUAUCGUGGGUCGAGUGCUCCAGGGAUUCGGCGGUGGAGGCAUUGAUGUUCUUACUCAAGUUAUUCUCGCCGACAUGACGACGCUUGAAGAACGUUCGACAUAUCUCGGCCUAAUAGGCAUCCCAAAAGCUGUUGGUAAUAUCCUUGGGCCCUCUGUUGGUGCCCUUUUUGCCACUUAUGCUAGCUGGAGAUGGAUCGGGUGGGUUAACCCACCGAUCCUCGGGAUUGGUACCCCUUUGCUAUUCUUUUUUCUCAGAUUACGACCAAUCACACUCGAUUCAACGGUCGUCAGCAACAUCGAACGGCUCGACUGGAUCGGAAUGGGGCUUGUCGUCUCUGGUAUCACGAUAUUUGUGCUGCCACUAAGUUGGGCUGUAUCCUUGUUCCCAUUGGCGUCGUGGCAAACUUUGCUACUCAUGCUUUUGGGCUUUGCGGUACUUCUUGCUUUUGUCUUUUAUGAAGCGAGACCUGCAUCACCGAUCAUGCCUCAUCGUCUAUUCCGCUCGAAAACCGCAAACAUUACAUUAGCGGGAGGCUUCAUUCAUGGAGUCAUUCUUGUUUCACUGUUGCAGUAUCUACCAUUGAUAUAUCAGGCGGUUUACUUGGUGUUGGAUUCACAGGUGGAAAAGGAAAUACUCGAGUAUCGUGGGUAG